GUUGCCUGCACGUUGCUCGGAACGGUUGUGGAACUUGUGCAAGUUUUGAGUGGCGGAGAAAUUGAAGUGAUCCAUUAAUUAGGAUCCCGAGAGCAUAGUGAGUGGAGUUGAGGAGCAAAAGCAAGCUGCCGAGCAGUCCCAGUGGCCAUACGAGUGCGGAUCGUCGGAUCGUACGGAUACACCUCUUCUAGGAGAAGAAAGUUUCUUGGUUUCAGCCGUUUUCCAGCUUCCGUGAAGUCGUGGUUUUCGGUUUUUGGGUUGACGUCGCGGACCAAGCAGCGUUCAGUUCAGUUGUGCAAGUGCAGUGCUAGCGAGCAGUUCAAGAGCAGAGCUCACCGUUUUUUUGUGAACUUUUCGUGAAAACACCCCGUUCAUCACCAUGAGAGAAAUCGUUCAUCUGCAGGCCGGCCAGUGCGGAAACCAGAUUGGUGCUAAGUUCUGGGAAAUCAUCUCCGAGGAGCAUGGAAUUGACCCCACCGGUAUCUACCACGGAGAGUCGGACCUGCAGCUGGAACGUGUCAGCGUGUACUACAAUGAAGCAUCCGCCUAUUCCCGCUCGUCCGGGGGCAAGUACGUGCCGCGUGCGAUCCUGCUCGAUCUGGAGCCGGGCACGAUGGAGGCGGUGCGCUCCGGCCCGUACGGCAAGCUGUUCCGUCCGGACAACUUUGUGUUCGGCCAGUCCGGCGCCGGCAACAACUGGGCCAAGGGACACUACACCGAGGGAGCGGAGCUCGUGGACGCCGUCCUGGACGUGGUGCGCAAGGAGUGCGAGAACUGCGACUGCCUGCAGGGCUUCCAACUGACCCACUCGCUGGGCGGUGGUACCGGAUCCGGUAUGGGAACGCUGCUGAUCUCCAAGAUCCGUGAGGAGUACCCCGACAGAAUCAUGAACACAUACUCGGUGGUGCCUUCGCCGAAGGUGUCGGACACUGUCGUGGAACCGUACAACGCCACCCUGUCGAUCCAUCAGCUGGUGGAGAACACCGACGAGACGUACUGUAUCGACAACGAAGCCCUGUACGACAUCUGUUUCCGCACGCUGAAGGUCCCGAACCCAAGCUACGGUGACCUGAACCAUCUGGUGUCGCUGACCAUGUCCGGAGUCACCACCUGCCUGCGAUUCCCAGGUCAACUGAACGCCGAUCUGCGAAAACUGGCCGUCAACAUGGUUCCAUUCCCACGUCUGCACUUCUUCAUGCCCGGAUUCGCCCCGCUGACGUCCCGCGGCUCGCAGCAGUACCGUGCCCUGACCGUCCCCGAGCUGACCCAGCAGAUGUUCGACGCCAAGAACAUGAUGGCCGCUUGCGACCCACGACACGGACGUUACCUGACCGUUGCCGCCGUGUUCCGAGGCCGCAUGUCGAUGAAGGAGGUCGACGAGCAGAUGCUGGCCGUGCAGAACAAGAACAGCAGCUACUUCGUCGAGUGGAUCCCGAACAACGUCAAGACCGCCGUCUGUGAUAUCCCGCCCAAGGGUCUGAAGAUGUCGUCGACCUUCAUCGGAAACACCACUGCCAUCCAGGAGCUGUUCAAGCGUAUCUCCGAGCAGUUCUCCGCCAUGUUCCGUCGCAAGGCUUUCCUGCAUUGGUACACCGGUGAGGGCAUGGACGAGAUGGAGUUCACCGAGGCUGAGAGCAACAUGAACGAUCUGGUGUCCGAGUACCAGCAGUACCAGGAGGCGACGGCCGACGACGAGUUCGAGCAGGAAGAGUGCGCCGACGAAAUGGAGGGUGAAUGCGUCUAAGCCGAUUGUGACUGUGUGCGUCCCCAAGGGAUUUCUCCUCUCGGUUGUGUCGAGAAGCAUUUUUACCUAUUUAUUAUUUUUAGCUAGAUAAAUAUCGAAACGAUGUUUUAUGUGUGUGUGUCCACACACACAUACAGUCACAUACACAUACACCCAGAAUCACAGGCCGAAGAAAUAGUCCCUAAUUCGACGAAUAAAAAAAUGUUCUAACAACUCAUCAAAUAUCUCGGAUCUCAGCAUACUUACUAAUCGACCAAAACGUUCGGCCAUCGAAAUCAAAAAAAUCGUACAGAAUCACAGAAAUCCAACAAUUUUCCCGGUGAAAACGUAAAAAUUUCGAAAACCAAAAAAAGCGUCCUCACUUGAAAUCAUCUUUAAAGAAAAAAAAAUCAUAGUUAGGCUAACCGUAAGUAAGUUAGAGCGAGAGUGUGAGAUAGUGUUUGAAUUUAGGAGUGCCUCCCACGGAAGUGUCCACGAAUGCCGUAACCAACACACACAUACACAAACACACAGCGGAAAAGAGAAGACCCCAUUCAGGCAAUAUUUCUACGGGAAAGAAAUAAUCUGCAUAACUGAGUCGAACGGUCGGUUGUUGUUUCGUGCGUGUUUUUUUGUUGUCUGCUUUUUGUACGACGUGUGGCAACAUUGCACUGCGAACGCGGGAGAGGGUUGUGACUGGAAGAAGAGAGAGAGAGAGCGGAGAGAGUUGGAUCAUUUUGCUUCUUGCGCUCAUUUAUUUGUCAAAAUCAUUUAGCAAUAUAUCCAAAGAUUUUCUCGUUUUUGACGACGUCUCGUGGAUGUGAGCGUUUUUGCAGUAGGAACGAAACUAAUAAAAAAUAAAUAAAAUAAACUUUUGUAUUUAUAAUUCGUCUUCUUAACACAAUAUUAUUUCAUACACAAGUGUACUGGUUUCUAUCGCUGGACUUGCUUUAUUUAUAUUGGAUAUUUAACGCAACGUUUAAAAAAAACCUAACAAUACAGGAAUUGUCAGUUUAAUUUUACCGCUAACGUUUGAUUUUAUUCGACGAACAUAGACAAACAGACGAACAUACUAAUUCACACAUUUACAUACAAACACCUACACAUCGAGAAUUCAACUAUUAGGAAGGAAUCUUAAGCAACUCAAAUGUUAGUACUUGAAAUGAUAAAUCGAUAAAACAUAUUUUGUAUUUAUUUGUA